GCCACAGCCGGUGGGUCUCUCCGCAAUGCUGCAGUGCAAACACACUCAGGAAUUCAGCUUCGGGCCCCGGGCUCUGAAGGACGCGCUGAUCUCCACCAACCCAGCCCUGCAGGAGCUCUAUGCCAAAGCUUUCUCCAGGGCGGAGAAGCUGUUCCUCUCCGAGGCCUACAACCCGCAGAGAACACUCUUCUGCACGCUGCUCAUCCGGACAGCUUUCGACUGGCUCCUCAGCCAUCCCGAUGCCCCUGAGGACUUUGAGACGUUCUAUCACGCCAUGCUGAGGAGGAAGCAGAACUUCUAUAGAAAGCACAUUUACCUGCAACCUAUAGACUUAAUCGAAGGGCCUGCUGGGCUCUCGCUGCUGGAUUCCCUCCAGAGCUGCGUGGAGUCUUUCUUCCUGGGGCUCCGUGUGAAGUGCCUUCCCUCCAUCCCCAUCUCUUCCAUUCACUGCUGCUACCGCCACAGCCGGGACUCGGACAGGGUGCAGCUCCACGCAGAUGGGAUCUUGAAUUUCCUGAAGAACAACAAGCCCAUGGAUGCCCUGUGUGUCCUUGGGCUCACUCUGCUGGACCUUUAUCCAUGUGAGACCUGGAGCUUCACAUUCAGCAAAUUCCUGCCAGGACAAGAGGUGGGAGUCUGCAGCUUCGCCAGAUUUUCUGGGGACUUCCCCCAGGCUGGCUGUAGCAGUUUGAAUCCACUCACGCAGAAGGAACGGUUGUGUGAAGUCAGCAAGGAAAGCCGAGACCGGCCAUUGCCAUUCAGUGCCCAAGAGAUGGUCCAGUGCUGUAAGGUGACCUGUCAUGAGAUAUGUCACCUGAUGGGGCUGGGGACCUGCCGCUGGCUGCAGUGCAUCAUGCAGGGCGCGCUGAGCCUGGACGAAGCCCUGCUGCGGCCCCUGGAGCCGUGUCCCAUCUGCCUUCGGAAACUGCAGCACGUCGUGGGCUUCAAACUCAUCGAGCGCUACAGGAAGCUCUAUGCUUGGACACAGACUGUACUGUCCACGUGGCCAAGGCAAGAGUCAGCAGACCUGUCCGCCUCAGAGGACAUCCUUCCGUUCAGCUCCGACUCUGGGAUGUGCUGCGAGAACGACUCAGAGGCUGUGACCUCCCUGUCCGAGCCGCUGGACGAGCACUCGUGUUCGCUGGCGGAGGCGCACAGCCAGCCCCAGCUCGCCGGGCCCACCAAGUCCACAGAUACCAUUAAAGAUUACGAACUGUGGCUGGAGACGUGCAUUGCUGCCCUAGAGAGGAACGUCUCUGAGGAGGAACUGGCGCAAGUCGACAAGGCCGUGGACGCCCUGGCGAAGUGGGAAAUGUUCACAGGACAACUGCCUGCUAUGAAGAAGGACCUACUCUUUGCUAGGGACAACACUGGGCUACGGAAAGUUCUCGGAGACAAAUUUUCCUCCCUGAGGAGGAAACUGAGUUCCAGAAAACUGUCCAAAGGGGAAUCGUCCCCUCAUCAUUGGCGGUGGGAGGAAAACUAG